CGAUUCUAAUCGGGCCGGGCCGGGCCAAUGAAGUACCGAGCCUCGGGCAUAAUCUUAAGCCCGACGUCCGGCCCAGCCCGAUUAUUGAUGGGCCGGGCCGCUCAAGGGCUUGGCCUCCUCCUGCUGCCGUGAAGGCGGUGAAGGGUCUAUCUCAGCCUUUUCCCCCUUUUUUCCGCCAUUCUUUCCUCCCCCGCGAACACUCCAUUGGUUCUCGUUGGCCAUACGUUCCCUUGUCAAUCUAAUGACUGGUUGCAGCGCGAGGUUGUUGUGCAAGACAGGUUUGAAGCAGACUUCCCUCUCACCAGGGGCGUCGUUCUCUGCUAUAUGUUUCCUCCGAAUCAUGGAUGAGGGAAAACAUCAAUGGAUGCUCACGGAUGUUUUGAAGCAGACUUCCCUCUCUGCCACUUUCUUCUUCAUCCAAAUCCUCUCCCUCGAGCCCCUUCUCGAAACCAUCUAUUUAUGUAUUUAAAAUACCCAUUACCUCACUCCUGAUUCAAUCUACACAAGAGAAAACGCCGCGAGGAAGAAGAAGAAAAAGCAUGUCGAUUUGCUCUUCUUUCCGAUCAUUCCACCCAAGCAUCACCCGUAAACUCUACCUCAAAAAACCCAUCAGAUUCACCGCGAGAUUCAUCUCCAUAACUUCAUACUGCUUCCCAUCAUCAUCAUCGAAGAAGUCCCCAAAAGGCCAAAACCCAUCCCCCCUCUGACUCCCGUCUAAGUCCAAUCGGUGGAACAGCUGCCGCCCAAUCUUCAGAACAUCAUCCGUCUCUUUGACACCGUGAAAGACCCCCAGGCGAAGGGGAGGACCGGAGGAGGCGUUCGCCGACGGGGAUGAUGAAGCGUUCACCGACUCUCGCGGAGCUGAACGACGGGGACGAUGAAUCGUUUGCAGAGUCCACGGGGAGAAUGAAUGAAAAAUGAACUAUAAAACAUUGAAACAAAUUGUUUUAAGUUACCGGGCUGUCGGGCCGUCGGCGAUCACUGGAUCAAGCCCGGGCCCGACCCGUUAAGUAUCGGGCCGGAUCAGGUCCGAUAAAAUCGGGCCUGUUAAUAAAUUUUUCAAGGCCCGGGCCCGGGCCCGUGUCGGGCCGGGUACCGGGUACCCAGUGGCGACCCGGCCUGGUGCCCAGGCUUACUUCCUGCAGCACCUUUAGCAGUAAGAGCCGCAUAUUGUUGAGCAUGGCAUGGCAUUCUCUCGGCACAUUAUUGUGGCAAUGCUUGUUUGCUUACCUUUUCUAUCAGGAGGAAGAGAGCUUGCUGUUAAGUGCGACUAUGAAGAUCAUUCCACUGGUUAUAACCACACACUUGCAAGAAUACUGGUGGAAUAUGCCUCUGCAGUCUACAUAUCAGAUUCAACUGAGCUUUUUACUUGGACCUGCUCAAGAUGCAAAGACAUGACCGAGGGAUUUGAAAUGAUAGAACUCAUCGUGGACGUGCAGCACUGCCUACAGGCCUAUGUAGGUGUUGCUCCAGAUCUCAAUGCUAUUGUGAUAGCUUUCAGGGGAACACAGGAACAUAGCUUACAGAAUUGGAUUGAGGAUCUGUUCUGGAAACAACUGGACCUGAACUAUCCUGGCAUGCAUGAUGCAAUGGUGCACCAUGGCUUCUAUUCUGCGUACCACAACACAAGCAUUCGUCCUGGAGUUGUUAAUGCUGUUCAGAGAGCUUGGGAAUUAUACGGAAGAAUUGGUGUUCUGGUUACUGGACAUUCCAUGGGAGGAGCUAUGGCAUCCUUUUGUGCACUUGACCUUAAAGUCAACUAUGGAGCAAACAUUACUCAACUCAUCACAUUUGGUCAACCACGUGUUGGGAAUUCAGUGUUUGCUUCCUACUUCAGUGAACAUGUGCCAGCUACUUUCCGUAUCACUAAUGAACAUGAUAUGGUGCCUCAUUUGCCUCCAUAUUAUACCUACUUCCCUCAGAAGACAUACCAUCAUUUUCCUCGUGAGGUAUGGCUUUAUACUCUUGGUGUGGGAAGCUUGGUAUACAGAAUUGAGCAAGUAUGCGACAGCUCUGGUGAGGACCCAAGUUGCAGCAGGUCUGUCUCUGGGAACAGCAUUUCUGACCAUCUAAACUAUUUGGGUGUUGAGUUACAAGCAGAGACAUGGGGUUCUUGCAAGAUUGUUACUGACAGCAGCAUAAUCAAGAAAGUUGGCAUUGGGAGUUCCAACUUUGUCUUGACAAGGGAUUCUUCUUCUCUGACUUUGAAGAACAGCCAUGCAGAUAAUGGUAGUCUCAGUUCUCCCCAGUACCUCACCUCACAUUCUAAGGUCUAGUUUCAGUUACCUCACCUCACAUUCUAAGGUCUAGUUUCAGUUCUCCUCAGUACCUCACCUCACAUUCUAAGGUAGUUUCAGUUCUCCCCAGUACCUCACCUCACAUUCUAAGGUCUAGUUUCAGUUCUCCCAAGUACCUCACCUCACAAUCUAAGGUCAUGUGAAUAUAUAUAUUUCCAGAGGUGAUAACUGUAUAUCCAUUAUUUCUCAUCAUAAAGGGUGUACCGAAUCAAGUUCAAUUCCAUUGGGCUGGCUGCAGUCGUUAGGUCUGAAGACUCUCAACUCAGCUUGAGCCGACCAGCUCGAACUUUGCCUGGCUGAGUUUAAGAUGGCUCGAGUUACUCGAGCAUAAAAAUGUCUUUUCAUAGAACUUGGUCUAAAGAAAACAAGGACGUCAACGGGUUCUCCAGAAAUAAACUCACUACUGUUAAAUGUUUACAGAGGCCCUGAUUACAUUGAACACUAGCAGAAAUAGUGUUGACAGCCAAGAUGGCAUGUCUGCCCUUUGAUGCAGUUUUCUACUAAUGUUCUUCAAUAAUUUAGACCAAUCAAGAUGGUAUUUGCCUUCUCA